CAACCCGUCUCUUAAAUUCUCCAACGUCUCGAGCUUCGUCGGCCUCGCAUCGUCAGUCAUGCGGACUCGGAGCGGCGGGGCAUACCCGAAACCCGGAUCCGAUAACGACGCCACUGGGAAUAACGAGAGUCUCAAACGACGAAACCCCUUCGGAUUCGGAUCUUCGCGAACACAAGAUCCGCCCCGCAAACGGUUUCGCCCCGGCGACCGAACGGAGUUCUUCGAAUGGCUUCAUGAUGACCUCGUCCUCUCCAUCCUUUCGAAGCUCGCCGUCUCCGCCUCCUCUCCUUCUGAUCUCGUCAACGUCCUCAUCACGUGCAAGAGAUUCAAUGGUUUGGGGAUGAAUCCGUUGGUUCUAUCGAAAGCUUCGAAGAACUCGCUGGCGAUUAGGGCUAAGAAUUGGUCGGGAUCGGCUCAUCGCUUCUUGAAGCUCUGUGCUGAUGCCGGCAAUCUUGAAGCUUGCUACACUCUCGGCAUGAUCCGGUUCUACUGCUUGGGGAGCCGAGGGAGCGGCGCGUCGCUGAUGGCGCGAGCCGCCAUGUCCUCUCACCCGCCGGCUCUCUACUCUCUAGCCGUCAUCCAGUUCAACGGCAGCGGCGGCUCCAAGUCCGACAAAGACCUCCGCGCCGGUGCUGCGCUCUGCGCCCGCGCCGCCCUUCUCAGCCACGUCGACGCCCUUCGCGAGCUCGGUCACUGUCUCCAGGACGGAUACGGUGUGCGCCGCUCCGUCCCCGACGGCCGCCGUUUUCUCCUCCACGCCAACGCCCGCGAACUCGCCGCCGCCCUCUCCCACCCUCUCUCCCUCCCCCUUAUCGGAUCCUCCUCUGGAUCCGCUUGUCCUCUCUUAUCGGACUUCGGGUGUGCCAUUCCCCCACUCGACCCGCACCCCGCGAACCGUUUCCUCAUCGACUGGUUCAGUUCACGCCGUCUUGAACCUGACGGUCUCCGUCUCUGUUCGCACGUGGGUUGCGGCCGUCCUGAGACACGCCGUCACGAAUUCCGUCGUUGCUCCGUUUGUGGCCUCGUUAACUACUGUUCUCGCGCGUGCCAAGCACUUGAUUGGAAACUCUCUCAUAAAGCUCAGUGCGCGCCAUUGGAUCGCUGGAUUAACUAGUAAUAUUUUCUCUUUUUUUUUCCCCAUUUUUGUAUAGUAAU